AUGCGGGUUCCGGGCCGGGGUCCCCGCGGCUGGUGGCUGACCAUGCCCGGGCGCCGGGGGGCGCAGCGCCACCCGGCCGACGGCGGCGGCGGCGGCUGCCUGGGGGCGGCGCUGGCGCUGCUGCUGCUGCUGCUGCCCGCCGGCUGCCCGGUGCGGGCGCAGAACGACACGGAGCCCAUCGUGCUGGAGGGCAAGUGCCUGGUGGUGUGCGACUCCAGCCCGUCGGCGGACGGCGCCGUCACCUCGUCCCUGGGCAUCUCCGUGCGCUCCGGCAGCGCCAAGGUGGCCUUCUCCGCCACGCGCAGCACCAACCACGAGCCGUCGGAGAUGAGCAACCGCACCAUGACCAUCUACUUCGACCAGGUUCUAGUAAAUAUUGGCAACCAUUUUGACCUUGCCUCCAGCAUCUUCGUAGCCCCCCGCAAAGGGAUCUAUAGCUUCAGCUUCCACGUGGUCAAAGUGUAUAACAGACAAACCAUCCAGGUCAGCUUGAUGCAGAAUGGCUACCCAGUGAUCUCGGCGUUUGCGGGGGACCAGGACGUGACCAGGGAGGCGGCCAGCAACGGCGUCCUGCUGCUCAUGGAGAGGGAGGACAAGGUGCAUCUCAAGUUGGAGCGGGGCAACCUCAUGGGAGGCUGGAAGUACUCCACCUUCUCCGGCUUCCUGGUGUUCCCACUAUAGACGCCGGCCACUCGGUCGGCGGAGUGGAGCUGCCGUCCCCGCCCCGGAACCGGCCUUCCCUCCGUGACACCCCGAACUUGCCCGCCAAGGACAACUCGUGUGUAACCUCCCGUCAGGAUGUGGCAGUAGAGCGACUUCCUUCGAAAGCUUCGACUCGUCUUCUGACUAUGGACACUUCCUCUGGAACCUGGCCUCUCACUAGGGUUAGGUGACAAGGUCUUCAGGAGAGACGAAACGAUCCAUUUGAGCGAUUUGUACCUGUGAUUGUAAAGUCCAUAGGGGAUUUUCUUGUCGGGACGUCCCUUCUCCUUGUUUGUGCGUUGUAUCCCUGUCCAGAGGGCAGGACGCUGCCCUCCCCAGGAUGGACAGCCAGUUAUGGUCGGGGCUCAGAGCAAGACAGCCCUGGCCCAGUGUUCUGUGUGUGUCUGUGUAGCCUUAAGAACCAAGAGCGGCUUCACUUCCAUUCUGUAUUGUCCCCUGGGUGGCUGGGAGGACGGGGAGGGGGCGGGGCUUUGUGAACCUGUCAACAAGUGCUUUAUCCACAGAAGCAAAUUUUGCACGAGGAUCGGACUGCGACUCUUUGUUUUGUAUUGUUUGUGUUUUUUCUUUUUUCUCCCAAAGCUUCACUUUUCUUACCAGGCUUGGCUCUCCCUCCUCUCUCCCACUUUUAGUUUUCAUGCUGGGAUGGGGAAAGAGUAAAGCGGCUGGCUGUGGAAUUCAUGGAUGAGAUCAAAGGACACGAAACACAAACCUGCGUGCUUGGUUUCUGGAUGGGACCACACCACACACCAAUGAACUGUCUCUCAAAGUUGCCAAUAGCCAAUGGACCGUUUUGUUUUUUUUUGCUGCUGCUGCUGCUUCCUGAAAUUCUCUGAUGCACCUUUAGAAUCCGCAACCUGGAUUUUGCUUUAUUUUUGUAAUUUAUACUCUGGGAUCCUUUAAGAACCUGGCGUUCCUGGGAGGGCUUGAACCCGAUAAGUUGAGUGGAGCUGUAAUCACCAAAUCCUGUAAACACCUGUCCGCGACUGAGUGUGUCUCCGCAGUGAGUUUCAUUUCCUUGGGAUCCACCUCGGAAAGUGAGCCCAGGGGUCGGGUGCAGCCAAGAGAGAGCCUGGUCCCCUCUGCCUCGCAACUCCCUCUGGUCUGCCGGGAACGGGGAUGUGUUGUGACACUCACUCGCAAAUGCACCUGGCCAGAAGCCACCUGGAAAUCACCAGCAUGGAAGGUACUGGCUGCUGCCGCUAACCCAAGAGUGGUUUUACAAAUCUUGGCUUGAUUGGCACCUGGUGUGGCAAUGUUUCACGAGGUAGCUGAGGGUUGUUGGGUACAGGAUUUGUGUGCCAAGGAAAUGUCACUAAUCCCAAAGCAAUCAAAGAGACCUCAAACCGGAUGUUAAUUUGUCCUUUGUGUAACAGUGUAACCAAAAUAUUGAUGAUAAAACUCAUAAUUUAAGAUUCAGAAUAAAUGGGUUUGAUGUCUGGUUUGCUUUGCUCCCUCUACACUG